AUGGCUCCUAUCGCAUUGAACAGCACAGUCUACGAGGCGAAACUGAACAAAUCCAAAGCAGCCCAGCCAGUCACCGAAGAAACAGGAGAAAGCAUUCGCCUUGCAGCUCGCUCAGGCAUCUUCACAGGGCAAACUUCCGGAUGCGCACCGGGGUAUGUGCAAGCGAACCUCAUCGCCCUGCCAGCCCGAUACGCCCGCGACUUUCGCCUUCUCUGCCAAAGAAAUCCCGUGCCCUGCCCAUUACUUGCCGAAUCCGGAGAUAUUGGGAGCUGGAGCGCGAUCAAGUCACACAUAGCCGGCGUGACGGGUAGACAGAUCGCCGAGAACGUGGACCUUCGCCAGGAUUUCCCAAAAUACAUGGUGUACGAGAAUGGCGUUCUCACGAAAUCCCAUUGCUUGAGCGUGGAGGCGGAAUGGACAGAAGAGCACGUCGGCUUCUUGAUCGGUUGCUCGUUCAGUUUCGAAACCGCACUCGCAGCAGCGGGACUGGUUCCUCCACAUAUGGCUCACGGACGAAACGUUCCGAUGUAUCGAACGAGCCUCCCGCUAUGCCCGGCUGGCGUUUUCAGGAAUUCGACCUAUGUGGUCUCCAUGAGGGUGUACCGGAGAGAAGACAUUGAGCGGAUAAGGGACGUCACUCGUCCCUACGUCGCCACGCAUGGAGAGCCCAUCGAUUGGGGCUGGGAUGCCGUGACUCGUCUCGGCAUCAAGGAUAUCACUCAGCCGGAAUUUGGUGAUAGCCCUGUGCUGUCAGACGGUACACUCCUUUCAGAAGAGGUCCCCACCGACGCAGGGGAUGUGAUCCCUGUGUUCUGGGGUUGUGGCGUGACUCCGCAGGAAGCAGUUCGGCAAGCAGCAUUGGAGGGCACUGUUCUAGGCCACGCUCCGGGACAUAUGAUCGUGUUAGAUAUCAGAGAUUGGGAUAUUCUGCCUGAGAACUCGCUGUGA